UGACGAUGGCUGAUGAACCGGCGUUGAUAAUCUGUCCUUUGCUUUCGUAGAACCUGCAACACACAGGCAUCGAGCUGCAGGCAUCACCGAACGGCGGUGCGGGUCGCCAUUAUUACUCCGAACCUGCGCCGCACCAUCAUCCCUACCGAUGGCGACUGCUAACCUACCCCCGACCGCGUAUGUUCCGGUAGGCAGCGAAUUCGACGGAGGACGACCCCUAGGCGAAAGAGUCCGUUUCAACGGGGUGGGCGGCGUCAGGAAGGAUUGGUGGUGGCAGCCAGGACCGGUUGAUUCGUGCUGCUGCUGUUUCUCUCUUGCCGCAGGCGUGGCAGUUCUAGCGGCCCUCGAUGUUGUUCUUGGGGCCAUGAGUCUGUAUAACUUGAGCUUCAAAACCGGGGACGCUGGCCUGCAGCAACUGCUUGCGGGCUUGGAGAAAAAGUACGCCGAGGAGUGCGAAGAUGUUGCCGAGGCGUCGCCCGACUGUCUUGCGCAGGCGUCGAUAAUCCUCAGCCUCAACAAGACGCAUGACCUCUACGUGCCCGCAGUUUUGCAAGGCGUGAUUGCCGCCAUUUUCGGAUUUGUCGGACUUCGGGCCGUAUUUGCCCACGAUACCCGCGCUGCAAGGGCAUACCUGUGGUCUUGGCCGCCGAGAAUCGUGCUGACACUGGUAGAGCUGGUGAUGCAACGGAUCAGGCUCGAUCACUACGACAUGGGAUUUCUCUGGAUAUUGGCCGUGGUUUGGAACAUCCCGCGCGCUCUCAUCCUUGCCUACUGUCUCAAGGUGGCGUGGUCGUUUUGGGUGGUGGUUCGGAGAAACAAUCGCGCUGCCGCAACGGCCGCGGACACCUCGGGGAGCAUCGAGCUUGAUGGGUCCCGCAGCUCUGCCGUGUAAGGGUCGCAAAAGCAUCCAACAGGCAAUGCACACGACGACCCGUGUGUGAUAUGCAUCCGUGUUCAGUGGGAGCAGCUUUUCGCAACAGUCGGCACGAGCAGGAACGUGAGAAUACUCUAUAGCGAAACGAGACCCCGAGUUGCCCCCAGGAUGGCUGCUGUAAUAGAAGUGAUCGCAUGGCACCUCCUCCAGCUGCCCCUCUAGGCUAUUGCCCCCCGAGAUAUAGGCAACGUAAAUUUCGGGUCAAGGCUCAUUUUUCUUACUUGGUCGUCACCGUCAAGCACAGGUUGCAAUGUAAAAUAGAGUUUGUGUGAGUAGAGUUUAGUGGAUAUUGAGCCUCUCUCUCAUAUCUGGCGACUGUUUUUUCGAUUGCGGGCACCAACGGUGUUAUAGCUCGAUCAUGCGGAGUGCCAGCAAACAUGUAGAUGUCCUGGUCAUUUGAAUCCGGGUGCGCCACCUUGCGUUGGUUGCUUGCGGUAUUGGGUGCUUCCGUCGUCGUCACACGUGCACAGAAGGGAGGUUGCCAGUCGUGACAGGUAUCAAUCUGGCACGAGCGGCGUCAUUGUUAUGGACAACUGCUGUACCGACGAAUUUGUCCGGUGGCGUGUAUGUUGAGUUUCUGUCUCGAUAGUUUCGUCUGAGGCAAACAGGUGGACGCGCUUGGUUCAUGUGGACUAUUCCGUGAAUGUGUUGGAUAUUUGAAGAUUCAAACAGUUUUGUAAGUUUUUGCAAUGGGCGAUGUUGGAAAUCUGGGUUGGACUGAAGCUUUAGGGAGAUGUUGGAAGUCUGCUGCCCACACGUUUUACUUUCGUCACGUUCUGAUCUUGUCCUAUUUAUUUGCACUCCGGUCCCUAUCAGGAGCCCCAUCGUCGCCUCUCCUCUCGUGGGCACCGCUUCACACGGGACUUGUUGUUGUUGUUGUU